AUGUUUUGGUUAAGCAACCUUCAUCCUUUUACAACUGAAGCGUUCAUUCCACUCUCUCUCUCUCUCUCUCUCUCUCUCUCUCUCUCUCUCUCUCUCUCUCUCUCACGCACACACACACACGCGCACAUUGUCUCUACCAACAUAUCUUUUCAAUGUUACAUGCAUGAGUGCAUUAUUGUCACCUCUUUCUUUCUUUCUUUCUUUCUUUCUGUCUAUCUUUCUUUCUUUCUUCUUUUCUUCAUUUCUUACCUAUUAACAACCUUCAUCCUUUUACAACUGAAGCGUUCAUUCCUCUCUCUCUCUCUCUCUCUCUCUCUCUCUCUCUCUCUCUCUCUCUCACGCACACACGCGCACAUUGUCUCUACCAACAUAUCUUUCACUUCCUUCCUGUUCCCUCCAUCCUCUUUUCCUUUUUCUGUCACUAUUUCUUACUUUCUUUUUACUUUGAUCAUUCUUUCUUUCCUUUUCAUUAUUGUUUUUUUUCCCUUACUCAUUACUUCUUUCUUUCAUUUUCUUACACCCUCUUUCUUUUCCAUUACACUUUCUUACUUUUUUAUUUUCCUUCUUUUUUUUAUUUUCCUUUAUUUUUUCUUUCUCCCGUUCCAUCUUUCUUUCUUCAAUUAUUCUUUUUGUCCUUAA